AUGGUUGGAUUGAUGUUUCUGCUGUGCGGUGGAAUCUACACUCUCUCGGCUCCAGUUUGGGGUCUACUAAUCGACAAAUUCCAUUGUACAACAGGUGUUAUGAUUUUUGGUUCUGCUGCUACUGUUCUCUCGAUGGCACUUAUUGGUCCAUCACCUUUUCUUCCAUUUGAGAAGAAUCUCAUCGUUAUCGGCAUUUCACUCUCA